AAGGUAAAACACCGAGAAGAGUGUUAUUCAUCUUACCUACUUAGGACUUUAAUUGUGACAUUCAAGGCAUAUAUAUAGAUAUAUUACCAUAUAAAUAAGUACGUAUGUGUAUUGUUCUGCUGUCGUAUGACCUGAUUUUUUAUUAUUACUGACGAUUGAUUUCCUGAGCAAAUUACAAAUUUUCAAUAAUUUAAACACAGAUUUUAAAUUCAACAUAUCGGAAAGUUCUUAUCCUAAAUACUACACAUAUAAAUGCUGCUAAUAAUUUCUUAUCUGCAUGAUUUACAAUAUUCUAUUAUGUAGUAAUAAAGUAAUAAUGUAGUAAACUGGUCAAGGUCAGUGCUACCAUGUUAAGUGUUCAUACAAUUUUUUUCUGACAGAAAAUAGAUCAAAUUAGUCGACAGAAUUUUGAUUCUACCAUUUCUACCUUCUUACCCACUGCUUAUCCGGUGUGAAAUUCGUUAGUUCAGCGACCGCAAUUUCACUUUCGUGAGCUGCUUUCUCGUUUUCUCACUUUCGAAAAAGUCCAAUAGUCGUGUGAAUCAAACCCGUUUCUGUGCGUAGUAAAUUUUAGUGAGAGGUGCAGUUUAAUUGGUGUAAGUUGUGUCCGAUUUUACUGCUCGGUGCAUGGAUUUUUAUUAAUGAAUAUGGUGUAUACGGAGAAAUAUUUAAAGGAGAAGCUGACCCAGGAACUGGACGCCGUUCACGUCGAGGUGACAGAUGAGAGCGACGGAUGCGGCGCCAAGUUUUCUGUUCUCAUAGUAUCGGACAAGUUCAAAGGGAAACCUCUUCUUGCCAGGCAUAGAUUGGUGAACACAUUGCUUCAAGAGGAACUGAAGACAAUCCACGCGUUCACCCAGAAAACCUUAACUGUUGAUCAGUGGAAGACACAAUAAUGUAUACUAUUUAAUACAAUGCAGUAGUCGAAA